AUGGCCCAGUCGAUCAUCUCUCGGAGCCAGGGUAUCCUGAUCAGCCAGGCCGACUCGUCUGCCCUAUUACAGGCUGGAUUUACCCAGAAGACGUUCCAGCAGAUCCUCUCCACCUAUGGAAACAGUUCCCUGGCCCCAGCGCUCGACACCUACAUUACUAAGAGCGUCGACUCUGUGGUUCCUGUCGUCUCCAACGCGACGCGCGACACAACCUAUCCAUUGGAUCGUCUGAGCAGCGGCAACGGCUUGUUACGACUAUGGCAGGGAACCGGGGAUGGAAAGUACAAAAGAGCAUUCGAAGCAUUGAGGAAGAGCGUCGAUUUACAACCCAGGAAUGACCAAGGCGGGCUAUGGUAUUAUGUCUAUCCGCACUGGAGUUACCUGGAUGGCAUGUUCAGUCUGACGCCGUUUCUCACCGCAUACAUGAACGAUGUUGAUAAUCCUUCCAUGACUGAGGAUACGCUAGAAGACGUGGUGUUCCAACUCGAUCUCCUAUGGCAGCGUUGCUACUCGGAAGAAACCGGUCUGCUAGUCCACGGCUACGAUGCUCGUCGCACAGCAGUCUGGGCCAACAGUGCUACAGGCGCCAGUCCGCACGUGUGGGGACGCAGUCUAGGAUGGUAUUGUAUGGCACUCAUCGAUACAUUUGAAUUGCUCCCGGCGAAUGCGAGUCAUACACGCGAGUACAUUCAAUCUCGAUUCCAGCAACUCAUGCCUGCUGUUGUAGCAGCCGCAGAUGGCAAGACUGGGGCGUGGUUCCAGGUGAUGGACAGGCCUGGCGAAGAGGGCAAUUACUUGGAGAGUAGCGCGAGCAGUAUGUUUGUGUACUCGUUGCUCAAAGGCGUAAGAUUGGGUGCUCUAUCUACGGAUGCAGUAUGGAACGGCACUGCUUCAUACAGCGGCAGUCAAAGUGCGUAUGUGGAUGUGGCGAAGAAAGCGUAUGAGUAUAUCGCCGAUACAUUCGUCGUACAUAACGGCAACGGAACGCUAGGGUGGAACGGCACGGUUGGGGUAUGCAGUCUGAACUCGACGGCUAGCUAUGAGUAUUAUGUGGGACAGCCAAUCGUCUAUAACAGUCCCUUGGGGUCGUUGGCCUUUGUGCGGGCAAGCUUGGAGGUUGAAAGACUGGCCCUACAAGGUUGA